GUUAUGGAAAAAUUUUACUAAAACAAGUUUUCUGACAGUAGCAUAUUACGUUCAAAGGAAUAAACAAAAAAGGAACUGGUCUACACGCUCUGGAGCGUUUGACCCCGCUGUAUCGGAUUUUUUAAUCAAACAUACAUCAUACAAAGCAUUACCAGGUUGCCGGAUCCUGGUGUUUCCUGAUCAGAAGCAGCUACAGCAAACAUAAUUGUGGGUAAAUAACUAGUAAACUGUGAGUUGCAGAUGCUUCGUCGGACCAUACCUGCACGCAUAAAGCCAUACCUCCACGCCUUUUCGCCUGGCGUGCGUCCAUCUGAAAAAGGUGCACUUUAUCGCAACAACAAUCAAAAUUCCCACGCUCGUGUUUCCUGCAUGACCACAGCUCAGCGCUCGCCUUCGGAGUCUCGCACGUUUAUCUUGCUCGCUCUUCCAGAUCAAAUGUACUUCUCUUUGAUACUGAUGAUUGGUUGUCUCUUCACUUUCUUUCUGCUCCUAAGGCACCAGUGUUUUACCACGAAUACUCAUAAGCAGAGUUGGAUGUUGAAUGCAAUGAAUGAGCAUGAGAUGUAUGCACGAAACGACGAGAUGGGAAAAAUUUUUGAGAUGCAUUCGGAGAUGGCAGAAAACUCCCGUAGCAAGGCUCUGCGCCCCCCUGUGUACACGGCACCUCCUGGUUAUACCAGCUUUAGUGGAAAAUACGCCCCUGAGAAUGCGUAAUGUAAUGUUGCCAGGGGUUAUGGAGGAAAGUAAAGCGUUGUGGAAGUAUGAUGACUAGGGAACUUGAUGUUAGACGUGUCCGCGUUUACAGCUAAUACAUGCGAAGAAGGUAUUAAAAUAGAGAAAAAGUCUAAGGGAUUCAGAUUGUACUUUUGGUAUUAGUGCAAAAAAAGGUGUAAAAUAGGUAUAGUAGAUAUAUAACAUAGUAGUCACUUCGUAUCAUAUUGCAUGCUUGGUCAUUUCGUCUCUUUGCAUCAUUUCAA